AUGCCUUCCUUCCUCUCGUCGCCCUCGGCCAUUGCUGGCUCAUCAGCUCCUGCCAGCUCUAUCCGCGCAUCCAUCAUCUCGUUUACAAAGACGGUCCUCCCUUCACUCCCUGCUUCAUUCUACGACUAUGUCCCAUUUCUCCUGGCCGGUCUCAUGGCCCUUCUCUUUACCGCGCUCCUCGUCUUGCUCGUCGAAGACUCUGAGGAUACCGCGUACCCACACUCGCCCCGCCUCGCCUCUGCCGAUUCAAAGCGCGCCCAGAUUGCCAGAAAAUCGCAAAAGGGCCGUAUCAUCGCUUUUGGAGACGUGGCCGGCCAGCGCGGGUCGGAUGACGAAGAGUUUGUCGACGCCUGGGACCCUCGCGCAGACCUCGACAGUACCGCCAACGGUCGUAAUCUCAAGCAAUCACAGGAAUGGAUAAGAGUUCAGAACCAGAAGAGGGCCUCGUCGCGUUCCCCCCAGCCGUAUGGUUACCCGGCCACUCCUCGACGGUUACUCGCCUCUCCCCCGCCGAGUGCAUCUCCUCAAGCCUCUGAAUUCGCCCCGCCAAUUCUCUCCAUGGCAAAGCUCAUCAUGCAUCGUCAUGAUCAAUCUACGAAGCGUUCUCGCGCAUCGUCCCGCCCUUCGCCUCCGCCAUCGCCUCCAUCCACGAGCGCAAGCGGUUCGUUUGGGCACAUGCAGUACACCCUCAAGUCGGCCAGCGUCAAGGCAAACAAAAUUGCUAUCAUCACAUUCCCGACUGAAUCAGUUCCACCCCCUCGUUCGCCAUCUCCGCCAUCUCCUUCGUCAACUUCUCAGGAGCCGAUACCAUCGAGUCCGAACAAGGACACUGACCUCGAGAGCGCAUCCUCGCGGAACAAGCCGACGCGCCAUGCGCGAUCUCGUUCCAUGUCGCUCUCCAUCUCCUUACCUGCACUCUCACCUGCGUUGCAGAUGCUCCAAAAGCAGGCAUCCCCAGAGCGUACCGUUCGCCGAAGACCAUCGAGUGAACUCGAAGAAGGUCGGAGCUCACCAGAACCGACCGAAGGAGAAGACCCGAACUCGCGGCAGCCACAAUCACGUUCAACCUCUCCGAAAGAGGAACGCAAUUUGCUAUCCCAGCUCGAGGAAGGUUCACGAUGA